AGCUCUCGUCCAUUGAAAGUUACUUCAGUGCUCGAGCGACUACUUUCACCCGGCUCAGAUCCCGGCGCUCCGCCGAGGAACGCACGUUCCCUCUUAGUCGCCGUCAUGGCCGUCAAAUGUUCGAGGCUAUCCCUUCUGGUCGCAGGGAUUUUUGUAUUCCUGACUAUGCUGCUGGAGUCUGCCGCUACUCUCACUCCAAGGGCUCCAAAUUUCCAAUACUUUGAAAGACCAAAGUACCGAUAUCCUUACUAUGACGAGAACGGCAAUGGCAAGCUGCUCUACGGAUAUGGAGGGCCAGAUUUGUACCCUUACAAAUACUACUCACCACUCGAAGGAAUCUACUAAAUCUACCGAAUCUUAACCUCGUUAUUCUUCAUUAACCCAAAGAUUCGUAGUUAGAGAGCUCCACGAAGAACGAAGUAGCGGAUAAGUAGAUUUAGUUCCGCGUUCACAGGUUCACGGAACUUUAUUGGAUUUAUUUUUGCCUGUAAUGCCAAAGUUGCGAUAUACUAUUAUUCGAUAAAUUUAGUAUCACGCUAUUAUAAAAAUCUAGAACAGCCGUGAAAAUGAUUGCUUUUACGAUUGUUACGAUGGAAAUACUAUUAGUUGUUUUAGCCACUCUAGUCGAGUGUGAGAACAACGAACUAACGAUAGAAAAUGGAGGUCAAAGCAAUAUCUAGGGGAAGGGUAUGGUAACGUCAAGUCGUGCCAUGCCCUUCCCUGCCAAACUGAAAGUUGUUUUCAAUUUUGCAAUUUGUGAUUUUUAGCUUUCAAAGAUUAGAGUACAAACGAAUAACUAUAAUUUUAGAUGCCAUAGCAAAUUUUUCAUACCCGAUGAAAGGAAAUUUUUAAAGACUUACCUGCUGAAAAAUCCAUUCCAGUCGCAAAAAAAGAAGAGAUCUUGUCAUCAUAAAAUAAAAUUACUCACAAUCAGUCCGAACUGAGUCAGUGAGGUUAUUUUCGAUCUGGGGUCGAAGAUCGGUAUUAAACCAAUUUUAUGUCGGGAUUAAGGGACGUCCUUUUCAAAAAUUACCAGCUAUCAAUCACGUAUCAUACUAUAUCACCAUGUACCAAUGUAUUUCCCGAUCGAGAAUUUGAAAAGAGAUCGUAAAAAACUCAUUACCCAAUCGAAAAUCUGCAGAGCACUCGUGCUGAAAUAUACGUGCCGAACUUUUUUCAUGUAAAAGAAAAUUGUGUUCAAAGAAACGUCAAAAUAUACGAUCAUUUUUCACGGCUGAUACAUCUUCUUUUAUUUCACAAAGCUCCAGGGAAGAACUAUCCUAAGAUUCAAUAAAUCUGACAGCUGCACAGCACGAAGAUACGGAAUCAAAGUUUGUCAUUCUUCGAGCAAAGCACAAUAUUUCGCUGAUAAUACGUGUGCAUAAAAUUUUCCUUGCGGUAUUUUCCUUUCGACCGUCUUCGAGAUCUGUACAUCAUUUCCAUGUGGGUUUAAAGUUUGCUAUGCAAAUUAGAGCGCUAGUGUUCAGCUGUUAGUCAGCGUUGUAUAUUGAUUUUUAAUCACUUAGUAAUUAUUCAUUCUAUAAUUUUUUUUCAGUCGUUAAUUCAAUCUCCCACCACUCCUAGAUGUAUCGAAAGAAAGGCAAAGCAAAAGAAAAGUUUGAAUACCCAUCAGUUUUGUAGGGAAAAACAAAUGGAAUAUAUUCACAUUUAUGAAAAUACGUUCAUGAAGGUUUGUACAUGUGUUAGACCUGUAUUAAAUGUUUUAUCAAGCCGCGAUUUAAAACCAUUCAAUUUUAAUUUCCAAAGAAGAGAAUCAGACACUUUAUAGAGGGUGGAACAUACUCGCUGUAUUUAGACGUUCUUUGGCCUGAUGGUUGGGAGGUUGGAUUAAUUCAGGAUAUAAUUUGUUCUGUAAAAUAUAGGUAUAAUUUUAACUCUUAGGUAGGUAUAGAUUUUUUUUUUCUUGAAUGAUAUUUCAACCAGGGGUGGAAUAAGUGUUACCAAUAUGCAAAAAUGAAUUUCAUGUCGAAAGUGAUUGAAAAACGAGAGCAGAUGGAGAUGAUCCGGGAUACAAUACUUCGGGCUUCUGAAUUGGCUAUUUUAUUGGCAAUAUAAUUGACAUACAUAUUAUAUGUGGGAGUGUGAAGAACACACACUGAAGUCUCCAUAUUCCUCAAUAAGGUGUGUUACAUCAACGCUAAUUUGGCGGGCUGCGCACAAGUGAAUUUAAAUAGAACGGGUGCGAAAAUAUGAUCGUUGAUGACAUGUAAGCUGAUUCUAAAAAACCAUUUACACUGGGCUGGACGAAUUUUUGAUGCAAUGUUUUACACAGAUUGGAUAUGACAUUGACAGCCUGGUCCAGUCCAGAUGGAUGAAAGCACCACGUUGGUUGUGAACGCUGAAACGGAACGGUUGGUGCCUUUCUAAGAAAGAAAGACGAAGGAGGAUAUGAAGAAGAAAAAACGCGAGAAAGAGAAGGAAUAGAAGAAUAUAAACAAGUAUAACAAGGGAAAGAUAAAAUGAACCCUUUUAAUUAUUGCUUUUUCAGCUAUAGUGUCUGAGUAGAACUGUCUGCGGCAUUUUCUUCCCUGAGCUCGUUUCAAAUCCAUUCCACUGAAAAUUUAAAAUAGCCUUAAAUAUAAUGAAGUUUUUUUAUGAUGUUUUCUCUCUCUCUCUGUAAAAUGACUAAAUUUUUUUCAAGUAUUUUUUUUCUUUUUCACCUAUUUAAUUGUUCCGAUUGAAUAGCUGUCAAUGAGAGAAUCACAUGAUUUUCUUUUCUUUUUUUUCAUUUAUUAUUUACGUUGUGAUUCACUCGUCUGAGAAAAAGAAAUUUUGGAUUUAUAUUUUUUUGGCCCCUUUGAUACAACGUCCUUGUAAAGUAAUCCAUAGCGCAUUUCUAAUGUGGGACAUUGGAUCGUUUUUUGUAAAUGCUCCACCUAAAAUCCCAGCGCUUUAAGGGAACGUCGAACGCUCGAGACUAUUAAUAUUUUGGCCGGUGAAGAUAACUUAUUUCUGUUUUUUCCUGUUGCCGUUCUCUUAAACAAAUGUAGUAUUAAUAGAAAGUGCACCUAUUCAACGGAGAAUCAUAUGUAAGUAAAAUAUCAUUUAUGUAUGUGUUCACUUCAUUCUCUAUAUUUAUUUGUAAGCCUAGUUUUCCUCUUUGUCUUCUUUUAUACGCCUAAAUUCUUUAUUUUUUUUAAAAAAAGAAAUUAAAAAGAAAAAAGUGGAUUGUAUAUGUUAUUGCUUAACAUAGGCUUCUCUUCAAUACUAGUACGUUGUUUAUCGGUAGUUGGGAAACUUUUUUCUUCUGUUGUCUGUUCUAUACUUUUUUCCUUUCAAUGUAUGACAAUAACAUUAAGUACUUAUAUAGUUAAGUAGUAUUUUUAAUUUAUUCCUGUAUUAUCAAAUUAUUAAUUUUUUUACGAUUAAAGAGUCCCUAGAAUCAAAAUAUUGAGCAUGUAGAAGUUUAAAAAAAUUUGUCUCCUUUUCAGGAUCAAAACACUACACAUUUCUGAUUUUUUAUGUUAUGAAUUACCUAUGAAUUUAACACAAGGUGAAAAGAUCAAGUUGCGUGAUAAAUAGUUUCCGUAAAUUUAUUACAAAGGUACCUAUAUUUAUAAUUGUAUAAGUUUUGUACAGGAAGCUUAUUGUUUUGAUCCUAGAGGGUCUUUAAAAUUAGGUUUCUAAAAAAAUGUUGUAAUAGAGAAAAAAAUCCAUCGAAAAAGGCCACGAUUGCAAUACAAAUUUUGUAAAUACUAAAUUUUAGAGUGUAUCGGUAUUUUGCGAAUGUUCUUUUUGUUAGUUGGAAUACGUUGUUUUGAAAUCGGAUUGUUAUCAUGUGGAAGUCGAAAGAUUGUUUAAUUUAUUGAUAAUAUAUAUAUUUUUUAUAAA